CCACGCGCCACUCGCCUAGUCUGAAACCAAACCGACACGCUCUGUUUUUCCUUCGCUCCUACGAUUUCACCUCUCAUAAAUAUCCCCGACUCUGUUCUUCAACAUUUCAAUCAAAUCCUUCACUCCGAUCAUCUCAAUCAUUUCGAAAUCCAUCCAUGGCUUCUUCAAAUCCACAACCCACUUCUUCUUCUUCUUCUUCAUCCUCCCUUUAUCCCUCCAUCGACAUGAAAGACCUCGCCGAAAAUCUCUUUCCCGACGAAGACCCCCCUGUUUCCGGCCACAAACACCCCGACUCCUCCGAACAAGUCCUCGUUCAGAUUCCAGGCGCCAUAGUCCAUUUAAUUGAAAGACAAAACAGCAUCGAACUCGCUUCCGGCGAGUUCUCAAUCGUCGGUCUCAGCCAAGGGAACAACGUCGUCGCUGUACUCGCUCGUAUUGGCGAUGAGAUUCAAUGGCCAUUAGCCAAAGAUGAAGCCGCUGUAAAACUCGACGAUUCUCACUAUUUUUUCAUUCUCAGCGUUCCUUCAAAUGGGUCAUCCGGAAAUCACGAACCCGAAAUGUUGAAAUACGGCCUGACCUUUGCGUCAAAAGGGCAGGAAGAUCGAUUGAAGGAAUUGGAUCGGAUAUUAGAUCAGUACAGUUGUUUUUCCGUUCAGAAAGUGGAGUCAGAGAAGUGGGAGGUGUUAGACGGAUCAGUCUCGAAGGAAAUCUCGCCGGAAGAUAUGGCGACGUCUGAGGAGAAAAGGGAGUUACUAGAAGAGAGAUCUGCUGCUUAUUGGACGACAUUGGCGCCGAACGUCGACGAUUACAGCGGAAAAAUCGCACGGCUGAUUGCGGCGGGAUCGGGACAGGUGAUUAAGGGGAUUUUGUGGUGUGGGGAUGUAACUGUGGAUCGAUUGAAUUGGGGGAAUGAGUAUAUGAAGAAGCGGAUGGGACCUCGUUCUGAUGCAGAGAUAAGUCCGGCAGCUAUGAAGAGUAUAAAGAGUGUGAAGAAGCUGACGAAGAUGACGGAGAAAGUGGCGAAUGGAAUACUUUCUGGGGUUGUGAAAGUGUCUGGAUUCUUUACAAGUUCUAUAGUGAACUCUAAAGUGGGGAAGAAAUUCUUCAGUCUUCUUCCUGGGGAAAUUGUUCUUGCUUCAUUGGAUGGAUUCAACAAGGUUUGCGAUGCAGUUGAAGUGGCAGGAAAGAAUGUGAUGUCAACUACAUCCGUUGUGACUACAGGACUUGUUUCAGAAAGAUAUGGAGAUGAAGCAGGGAAAGCAACAAAUGAUGGGCUUGGUGCAGCAGGGCAUGCAAUUGGAACAGCAUGGGCCGUGUUGAAGAUCAGAAAGGCUUUAAACCCAAAAAGUGCUUUCAAGCCAACUACUCUUGUAAAAGCAGCUGCUGCCCAUUCUAAUUCCUCUAGGCCUACCGCUAAAUAAAUUCUCUCCUUCUCUAUGUAUUCUUAGAUUCUUUUUUUCCCUUCCCUUGUAAUAUAUUGUCCCAUAUUUUAUGUGGUCUGAUGGAAUUUGUGAUGCCCAAUUUUCUCUAGUGGGUUUGGGUUUCUCUUGUACUGUAUUUUUGUGUAUCAUAUGAUUGAGCAGCUGCAUGUGAUAUCUGCAUUUAUUUGUUUUGUUU